AUAACAGAGGGAAUAUGCCAAAUUGAGAGCGAUAAUGCUUUAAACCUCUAGACCAAGAUAAUAGCAAAUCGACCGGAGAUUUCUAUGUGCUGUAAAAUCCACAUCUGAUUGGCUGAUGCAUAAUACAAACGAACUAUUCCCAAUCCGGCUUUAAUCACCUUCUUUCAACGACGCGACGCGCCGAGCUUUAGACAAGCUACCUCAAUUGAUAGCUUCAUCUGUUCAGCACAUCAUAAAUAUACAGCACUCAUCAUGGCCGACUCAGGCGACUGGACCUGUGAUGCCAAUGAUGCAGUUCAACUCACUCUAAUUCAGCCUGGAGAGACGAAGCCCAUUACAGCUGAGAUCUUUCAUCCUCAAUUCACAUACCCUAUCUUCGGUGACGAUGAGCAGAUAUUCGGUUACAAAGGUCUCAUCAUCAGAUUACGCUUUGCGACACAUGAUUUGCGUACUCAUGUCCAUAUUUCGUAUGACGAGAAGUUUAGAGCUGUUGGUGAUGCGGCUGCGGUGGACUUGAAUAAGACAUUGAGAGAAUGGGUUCCGGAAUCUGCCUUUACAAAGUUAUCGGAUUACGAGAAUACUGUUCAAAACGAUCAGAAAGCAAAAGACUUUACGCCACCUGGAAAGCUUGUCCACUCAUACAAAACGAAAAACAGGAACUAUGAGAUAUGGGCCGGGUCACUUGCUGACGAUGCCGUUCGCGCACUGCUUGGACGAGCACAGGGUUUUGUCCCGUUCUUCAUUGAGGGAGGGGUUCCGUUAGUUCUCGAUGAUCCAGAAUGGACUCUAGAGAGGUGGAUCGUGUAUUUUGUCUACGAAAAAGUCACACCUACCACGCCAACGGCGUCCCAGUACUCCUUUGUCGGAUACUCAACCGUGUAUCGCUGGUGGUUCUUCCCAGAACAACAUGGAGAUAAUACUGUCAAAAACGGCCCCUUUCCAUAUCCCGAGGAAAUUCGAUUUUCGCAGCUUCCAUCCCGUUCACGCAUCGCCCAAUUCCUCAUCUUACCUCCACAUCAAAGCUCCGGCCAUGGAUCUCAACUCUACAACGUCAUCCAUAAAGCUUGCAUAGCCGACAAGACCGUUGUCGAACUAACAGUAGAAGAUCCCAACGAAUCCUUCGAUGUCCUACGUGACUCAGCAGAUUACCACAAUCUCUAUCACGAAUUCCGUAAUCAAGACAUCAAUAUCAACCCAAACCCCUAUCCCAAAGAAACCGGCAAACGUCGGCCACGCAACGUGCCCACAUCUUCACUGAUACCAACACAAAAACUCUCCGACAUUCGUACGAAAUACAAAAUCGCCCCCACGCAAUUCGCCCACAUUCUAGAAAUGUACCUCCUCUCCCGCAUCCCACCUCGCAAACGCGGAGGCGCAAAUAUGGCCCGCCUCCUCAUCAAAAAGCACACCGCCGACGACGAAGAUGAUCGGAGAUACUACUGGUGGCGCUUGUUGGUCAAGCAACGCCUCUACAAACGUUCGCGCGACAUCUUGGUUCAAUUAGAGCCCCAAGACCGGAUUCAGAAACUCGAUGAAACAAUUAUGAAUGUAGAGGAAGGGUAUGAUCAGUUAUUGACCGUAUUCGAUGCGCGUGAAAAGGGUAGAGCGACCUUUGCGCCGGAUGUGGAUUCGGAUGCUGAUGCGGUUAUGACGGCGGCGGGCGUUACUACUAUGGGUGCGUUGCGGAAUAAACGGAAAUAUGCAAUUGAAGAUGAGGAUGAGGAGGAUGAAGAUGAGGCUGAGCUUGUUGAGGGGAGCAAGCAGGCAAAGAGGCCCAAAAUUUAGCCAUGUAAUACUUUCUUAUUAAUCAAAUAAUUACGUUGAUAACUACCUGCUACAAAUUUGAAAAGACCUGCUCAUUAACCAUAGCCAGGGUUCAAAAGAGCAUCCCGUACUCAAGUCCUACACAGAUACCUAUUAAUUCCGUGAGUACGCCGCCAAAGCAUGAUUCAUUCCAGUCACCAUCUCCACAACCUAUGUAUGAUACGAAGGCGGCGCCGUCCCCGAAUCCAAAGUAUCAAUAGUCUCCAAGGUGACCAACGACCCCGUCUCAAGACUGAACAUGGUACUGCCCCGGGGCGAGCCGGGUCCUCCAGAGGCAGAUAUAACUCCCGGGGUGACUGAUCUGCGGAUCUCCAAGGUAUUAUUAUUGUUGCUGUGAUUUAUCCGUUCAUAUGGUGGAGGAACGGAACGGGAUCUUGAACGGGUUCGACGACGUGCUGAUGUUGAUGUUCCAUCGGUACCGACUAAUUGGCCGACGUAUUCGAGGACACGACGCAGUCCCAGAAUCUCGGCUUGCAUCAUGCGCUGCUCAGGUUCUUCUUCAUUUGAAGCAGCAGAAAAAUCUGAUACCGAGUCAUUAUUAUCGAUAUCGCGAGAAGUCAAUCUAUUCUCCUCUCCCGAGUCGAUAGUGCCACGCACGUGAUGAAACUCAGGAAGGGAAUGACUCGACGUCACACUCGCAGCCUGAAAAUAA